CCCUGCCUCUGCUACUGUGCCUGGCUUAAAUAUGUAUGUUUUUUGUUUCUGGUGGAGGUCAGAGAACACCCACCAUUAGGCACCACACUGCUUGCUUUCUAUUGUGUUUGAGACAGCGUCUCUUAUUCACCUUUCUGUGUGCCAGGCUAACUGGCCUUGGGGCUUCCAGCUGCUUUGUCUCUGCCUCCUGUCUCCCCACAAAGUUGCAGAUGGAUGCACGGCUGUGUCUGGCGACCUCACAGCAAGUUAUCAGCUCCCCAUGCCAAGUACUUACAUACCCUAACCUCCUCCUCCCCACCAUUCCUUUUCCCUCUUUUUUUACCUUGAGUAUCUUUCCCCUGCAGCUAUCUCCCAACUGAUGGGUUAAAGGUGUGUGCCACUGUGCCCAGUUGCCUCUCAUCAUUGUUUGAGACAGCGUCUCCAAGCUGGCCUACUCAUCUAUAGCCCCUCAUGACUCUCAUCCAUGUAGCUGGGAUCCUCCUGUCUUAACCUCUUCAGCUCCUGUGUGUGAAUUUUGCCUAAUGCUACGUUGGCCUCUCUCAGCUAGGUCUUGUGAGGAUCCUAGGCUUUUCCUGAACACCAGAGAAGGGUUGGUGCCGUGACUCCCUCUUUUGGUCUGCUUGCUGGAGCACUGCAGAGGUGAUCACCUGCCUCCCAGAUGCUAAGAGCCACAGCCAUCCAGGUGCCAGGCCAGCAGACUGCUUGUGCUUAGAAUGCUUAGCUGCAUCGGAGGCGGAGGAGAAAGAGAUGGACCCCCCGGACUCGGCCUCGAGGGUCUUCUGUGGACGCUUCCUCAGCAUGGUGAACACUGAUGAUGUCAAUGCCAUAAUCCUGGCCCAGAAGAACAUGCUGGACCGCUUCGAGAAGACCAAUGAGAUGCUUCUGAACUUCAACAAUCUGUCUAGCGUGCGGCUGCAGCAGAUGAGCGAGCGCUUCCUGCACCAUACUCGCACCUUGGUGGACAUGAAACGGGACCUGGACAGCAUCUUCCGAAGGAUAAGGACACUGAAGGGAAAGCUGGCCCGGCAGCACCCAGAGGCUUUCAGUCACAUCCCGGAGGGCUCAUUCCUAGAGGAUGAAGAUGAAGAUCCCAUUCCACCCAGUAUUACUACGACCAUCGCCACCUCGGAGCAGAGCACAGGCUCCUGUGACACCAGCCCUGACACUGUCUCACCAUCUCUCAGUCCUGGCUUUGAGGACCUAGCACAUAUUCGACCUGGUUCCCCUGUCAUCAACGGCCACAGCCAGACAGAUGAUGAGGAAGAGAUGCAUGGCGAAUAGCCUCCUUCCCACCAUCCCAGAAAGGAUCAGAGCAGCAGUGGUCUUCCUGGAGUCACAAUCGGUCAGCUCUGCUGCUCCAUUCUAUCAUAGGCAGGGUCCCUAAUUCCUGCUCCUCCUAAGAGCAGGACUUCCCCAUGCCCCUACAUGCACCCAGCUGGGGCAGUGGGGCUGGCUACAGGUGUAUCCUUGAGCUCAGCCUGGGCAAGUCCCCAGAGACCAAAGCUAGAUGUCCCUGACACCAUGGUGGGUCCCGCUGGAGGUAGAAGGUGCCUGCAGGGCUGAGCUUGUCCUACCUUCUGGUAGCUGCUGACUUGACUCUGGUCUCCCUGUCCUCUGUGGAGUACUUUUUUCCCUGUCGUGUUGAAUUCUGGGCAAGGAAUUCUGGUUCAAGAGAGAGGCAGCCAUUUCCGGGAGCUGGCCACCUUAGAAAACAGCUGAUUGAAUAUUUUUGUAUGGAUGUUUCAGAUGCUGUUGGGAAGUUACCAGUAAAGGCUUACUAAACAGGAUCAUGCACAGCUGUGGCUUGCUUCUGUCUAGGGUUCACACCCCAGUACUUGGGCAGAUUCUGAAUGUCACCAGGGAGCCCUGUUGGAGGUGGCUGUCCAAACACCAAAACCUGUGAGGUCUGGUGUGCAGAUCCUUGGCCAGCUUUUCUUAGACCACCCUUUCUGAGACAUCACUCUCCCUGGCAAGGACACCUGCUUGCUUGGGGGGGGUCUGUGAAAAGCUGUAUCUGAUGUUUACUUAGACACCUGCUAGCUUGGGGGAGGCUCUGGAAAGCUGUAUCUGAUGGCUACUUGGGACGCCUGCUUCCACAUGCCAUGCAGGGUUUUGUUAUUUUUGUUUUGGUUUGCUCUUUCUUUUUUUGAGACAGGAUUUCCUCUGUGUAACAGCCCUGGCUGUCCUGAAAUUUGCUUUAUAGACCAGGCUGACCUUCCCACUCACAGAGACCCGCCUGCCUCUGCCUCCCAAGUGCUUGGAUUAAAGGUGUGUGUCAUCACCAUCCAGCUCCUUGGAUAGUCUUCCAGGAGAUAAUACCCUGGUGAGCCCUGACAGCAGGCACUAGGUUCCAAGGUCCAGCCUCAGCACUGCCAGAUAGCAUCCCUGAAAGGAAGGAAGGGAGGGCCAGGCUGGACUCCCUGAACUGGAGUUGGUUCCAGGGGAUCCAUUGUCCUCUGUUGGCUUUUGCAAGCAUUGCACAUGGGGUACACUAGUAGGGAAAAAACUCAAAAUUAAUUUAUUAAUUAAAAGCAUGACUGGCCCAAAGAGGUGAAGAGGCUGGGAAGUGGUGGCCUUUAAUCCCCGGAAGGCAGAGGCGGGCGGGUCUGAGUGAGUUCAAGGCCAGCCAGUCUCUUCCCAGGAGCUAGUCUAGCCUGCUGGGAAUCCAACCUGAGUGCCGUAGGGACACUUUCCCAUCAGCAGGUGGGCAUGAACAGAAAACCACAGCACAGCAGGACAGAGUGCAGAGUGAAUGACCUUGAGACUCUCAGCCCUUCCCUCAGAGUUCAGGGAACCAUUAGGAAGAGGCAGAAAGAGUGUAAAAAUCUGAGGGAUGGAGGACACCAAGGCUACAAGGUCUCCAAACACAGCGUGACCGGUGGCCAUAGGAACUCAGACUGGCAGCAUGCAUGGGACCUGCUGGGCCUCAGUGCUAAGGGGAAGUGGACGUCCGCCCCGUCCCUACCCCAGAAGCCAUCUCCAAUUGAUAACCACUCACAAAUGAGUUUUCUCUCAUGGAGUCUUGCUGGCAUACAAACCACAUUUUAAGAGCAAGUCACAUAAUAAAAAUUGUGGUUUUAGAGGUUUUGUCUUAA